AUGAGUCGUAGAACUGAGACUCCAUCUGAAAUGCUUGAACAUCAAAAUUCAACAUUGGAUUGGUAAUAAACGAAUCUUUUACGUGAAAAGAAAGGUGAUGUAGUCAGUCUAGGGCAGUUAAGAAGAAGAUAAAACGGCAAAAAAUUAAAUUAACACCUGACUUUGUCCACUUGUCAUUGCAAGAAACUUAUAGCAUGCGGCUCGAAUUCGACUGCUCGUCUGACCAUUGUCUUAUCUCAUUUGUCUGUAACGGUUCACUCCUGGAUCAUAUCUUGCUCAUUUUGAAAAAAGGAAGAAAUUCAUCUGAAUUUUGGAUCAGCCGUUAAGAUCAAUUCGAC